AUUCAUUGAGAUACACGUCUACUUUAUCAGUGGCACUUGUUGUAGUGUUCCUUAUUAUAACUGUGGGCAUCACAGUCUUCAAGUUGAUAAACGGAACUACUCUGUCUGAUGCCUCGGUUAUUUCCAGAUGUCAACAAUCUAACUCAUUCCUCAACCUCUUCACUAUCGUUCGUGUUCUUGUCACUGCUUAUAUCUUCCACUAUAAUG